GGCCCUAAGGAGCUGGCAAUUACAGGCAUCUGCUCCCACAGUGUCCAUCACCCACCAUGCGGCCUCUCGUCCUGCUGUGGAGCUGCCUGGUGCUCCCAGGUUAUGAAGCCCUGAAAGGUCCGAAGGAGGUCAGUGGAUUCGAAGGUGACAAGGUGUCCCUGCGGUGCACCUAUGAGAAGGUGGUGAGGACACACAGGAAGUACUGGUGCCGGCAGGGUGGCAUCAUGGUGUCCCGCUGCACUGACAUUGUCUACACAAGUCAGAACCAGGAGGUGGCACAGGGCAGGAUGUCCAUCCGAGACAACCCCCGAGAGCUCUCGAUGACAGUGACCAUGAGGGACCUUACCCUGAAGGAUGCGGGGAAGUACUGGUGCGGGAUUGACCGACUGGGUUUCGAUGAGGCUUUUGAAGUCUCUCUCAUUGUCUUUCCAGGAAAAAGGGGCAGUCCCAUCCCCACUGGCACCUGCUGUCCACCCUCCCCCAACCCUUCCUUCCAGCCUCUUCCAGCUACAAGGAGCCUGCAGCCCAAGGCAAAAGCCUGGCAGACUCAGCUCCCAGAACCGACUUUUCCGGGUCUCCAACCGACAGUCGUCACAGCCAAGCAGGGGAAGACAGGGGUUGAGGCCCCUGGGUUCACCGAGGCGGCCCUGGCCCGGCCUGCAGGAACCUCCCGGGUUCUCCCAGGAACCUCUCCAUAUGCUGGGAGCUCUCCUCACAGGGCAUCCCCAGCGUGGUCUGCAGGAACCUCCCGUCCCCCGGGAACCUCUCCAUAUGCUGGGAGCUCUCCUCACACAGAGACCUCUCCUCAUGCAGGGAGCUCCCGCCCAGUCAUCUGGCUGCCCCCCACCACACCAAAGGACUCCAAGGCUAUAACCAGCAGUGUCUCCAAGUCCAGUGUGUCCAUCCCGGUGGUCCGCAUGUUGGCCCCUGUCUGGGUCCUCUUGUCCCUUGUGCUGGCCACCGUUCUGAUUGCCUUUGGCAGCCACAUGCUCCGGUGGAGAAAGAAAGCUUACCUGGCCACGGAGACACGGAGGAAUGAGAAGGUCUACCUCCCAGCCUCGCCGCCUGGGAACAACUGGGUGCCUGAGGAUGCCAUGAUCAACCUUGAGGCGCCUCCCGAGUGUCUCAGCAACCCCAAGCCCUCUGCGCCCUCCAUGGAGACCCAGCACCUCAGUCAGACUACAGAGGAAGAGGCAGCCCCUUCCCUGGACGCCAAGGAGGAUGUGAUGGCAGCUUCUCCCCUGCAGAUGUCUGCUGAGGAACUGGCCUUCUCCGAGUUCAUCCCUGUGUAACUGCGGAAUGACAAGUGACCAGGAUUCCUUCACUUGGGCUUGAUGGAUCCUCCGCUCCCUCUAGCCUGGAGAGUCCUCCUUCCUUCUCUCUUUCACUGUGGGUUCUCCUAGAGCUCUGACCAUGACACCAUGGCCCCAGCAAGAGCUCCCUGAUACCUCCAUGGUCAGGUACACAGUGGAGGCCAUGGAGGCGGCCAGUCCAGGGAUUGGCUGUCUUUCUUUCUCCUUCCCCAUGCCACUGUGUACCUAGCUUUGGAAGGACAUUGGAGGAAGGUUCCUUAUCGUCUCUGUCCAGAAGGGCUACUACUCCAUGGGCUCUGGAGACUAAGGGAGGGAACCAGAGUAGGGCGGUCAGCUGAGAGGAGAGUUGGGACAGGAAGAAACUAGACCCUGGUUACGAGAGGAUAAUGCUAAAUCCAGGCCAGCAGGGUGACGGGAAGAUAGACUGA